UCGAGAGUAUUUUCCGGAAAUGGCAAACCUUCAAGAACGUUGUGUUGUAAAAAGCCAGCAUUUAUAAAAAGCGAUUUACAAGAGCUAUAUAUACUUAGGGGCGAAACUAUGUUUGGUGCAGAACUAUGUUUGUCGCAGAAACUAUGUUUAUCGCAGAACUAUGUUUAUCACAAAACUAUGUCGCAGAACUAUGCUU